AUGGCCGACGCCGACCGUGACUCGGAUCUUGGUGACGACAGCCCUGUGUCAGCCCGAUCCGAAGGCGAGUCGUCUGGUGAACAGUCUUGCGAGAGCUCUGAUGAGGGUGUUGGCAGAGACGCGCCGAGCAUCCAACAACAUCAGCAGCACCCGCCCAUGCCACACCCGCAUCAGCACAACCUGAGCCAUCACGCCAUCAACCACCAGCAGUUAAAUCAGUUGAACCACCCGCACCAGAGAAACUCGCCGAGACCCAUGGAGAGAGAGAUCAAGGUCCGAGAUGACUUCGAAUCCCUGAAGACAUCGCUGCAUCCACACUUAUCAUCUCUAGCUUCGCUCGCUCAAGGAGCUCCUCUAUCUACUCCUAGCAGCGUUUUCGCUCUAGCAGGAGGUGGACCUGGUUUUCCGUAUGCUCCUCCGGCAUUUUUGGCUCCUGCCCCACCUCCUCCAGCACAGCCAGCUGGAUCAGCAUCGUCAUCUUCAUCUGAGGGGAGCGCGGCUGGUUGGAGUUUCGAAGAACAGUAUAAGCAGGUCCGUCAGGACGCCCCACAGGUUUGA